CAUUCUUGCAACCAACCAACCACGGGUCGUCCUCUCCUUCAUCCACCCCGAUAAGAAAAAGAGAAUUGUUAGCAUCCAGCCGCGCCAAGAUCCCGGCGAGCAUCAUCGGAGAAGAAACCGGCGAGGGAGAGAGGCGCCAUGAACAUCGGGCACGUCGAGGAGGAGGUCGGGAGGCUCAAGGAGGAGAUCCAGAGGCUCGGCCAGCAGCAGCCCGACGGCUCCUACAAGGUCAAAUUUGGUGUCAUCUUCAAUGACGACCGAUGUGCAAACAUAUUUGAAGCAUUAGUUGGCACCUUGCGGGCCGCCAAGAAGAGGAAAGUUGUCACCUACGAUGGUGAAAUGCUUCUGCAGGGUGUCCAUGACAAUGUGGAGAUAACCCUGUUCGCUCCCCCCGCGGUGGCUGAUGCUUGAAGUUUGCAACACCGGCAAGUCUGUCACGUUAUUAUGCCAAUCCGCUUGUAAUUUGUUGUGCUUAAAUUCCCACGAACCAUCUGGUGUUCCCAGAAGAGUACUAUUGUGUGAUGUGAACUCAUGCAUGAUCUAUGCAAUUGAUUUGCCCUAUUGCUUGCAUGGUUGUUGAAACUCAGUGCUGACGUACUGUGUUGUGAAACAUAGAGCGACAAGCUCCAACUUUGAAGUAAAUGGCCACCGUGUUAUUGAGAGUGUA